CUCCCGGCCGCCCUCGGCCGCUUCUUGCUGGCCCGGAAGCAGAUCCCCCGCCGGUCUCCUACCGGCCGCCGGUGCGGGAAAGGGACGACCCGUGGUGCCUGCCCCGGCCCUCGGCAGGUAGCCGCGGGCGGCAACAGCAGGGCUGCCGCGCAGGGGGACCUGACCCGCGCCCGGAACGAGUAUUCCAGAGUCUGGCUGUGACUGUUUUCAAGAUAGUUCCACUUAAUGAGGUUAUGGGAGAGAAGUAGCCAUGUCAGAAGAAGCUGUUACUGAGGCACGAUUUUCUCUUAAGACAGUAGCUUUACGGGUAUUUCAUCUUCCCCUUUCUUGGUAUUAUUCUCUUAACCAGAUAAAGCUUUCCCCUGGGUUAAAAAAGCUGUUCACGGUAACAGCAGUGAGUGCGAUAUCUGUUAUUUUUCUGGCCCAUCACUUUAAAAGAAGACGUGGAAAGAAAAAUAAGAAAGUGCCACCAUGGGAGCCAAGUCAUCUAGUAUUAGAGUGUACCAAGGCAGCUGCAUCAGAAAAAGGUUCUAGUUGUUCCAGUAGUCGGCAAAACUUGACCCUUUCUCUGAGCUCUGCCAAGGAAAAAGGAUCUCAGCCUUCUAUCUAUGCAAACGGAGGACUUUUCAGUAAAUACUCUGGUUCGGUUCAGAGUCUGGCCUCAGUUCAGAGUGCCACCUCUUGUCACAGUUGUGCUUGCGCCAAUUCUAAUUCCUGGGAUAAACCCGAUGAAGAUGAUAUUAAGCUUGUCAAUAUCCCAGUGACCACACCUGAAAAUUUAUAUUUGAUGGGUAUGGAGCUUUUUGAAGAAGCGCUGCGUCGAUGGGAGCAGGCGCUAACUUUCCGUAACAGGCAGGUUGAAGAUGAAGCAAUCUGUGGUUCCAUUAAGCUGGGAGCAGGAGAUGCAAUUGCAGAAGAAAGUGUUGAAGAUAUCAUUAGUGCUGAAUUCAUUCAUAAGCUUGAAUCCCUUCUUCAAAGAGCUUAUCGGCUUCAGGAGGAGUUUGAGGCCACCCUUGGGGUCUCUGAUCCUGCUUCUCUAGCUAAUGAUAUUGAUAAAAAUACAGACAUUACUGUAAAGGAUAAUACAGAUGAUUUCUGCCUUCGAGAUACAUUAAGCAUUGCAUCAACGGACUCCUUUGUUUCCACAGCUGAGCUUGCAGAGCACAGAGAGAUUCGUAAUACGUAUGGUCUAGAUUCCCUUUGCCAUUGCCCAUUGUAUGAAGAAGCUAUGCAGUUAGCAGAAGAAGGCAAAAUUUAUUCACGAGUGCUAAGGACUGAAAUGUUUGAAUGUCUAGGAGACAGUGACUUCCUCGCUAAACUUCAUUGCAUUCGACAAGCUUUUCAGAUAAUUCUUUCAGAAACAGCAAACAGAAUAUUUCUUGCUGAAAGUGGAAGAAAAAUUUUGUCUGCUUUAAUUGUGAGAGCACGAAAGAAUCCAAAGAAAUUUGAAGAUGUCUUUGAUGAAAUGAUAUAUUUUUUGGAACAAACAGAUCACUGGGAUAACACUGAAAUGGAACUUGCUGCUAGAGGAGUGAAAAACUUGAAUUUUUAUGACGUUGUUCUCGACUUCAUAUUAAUGGAUUCAUUUGAAGAUUUAGAAAAUCCACCGAUAUCUAUACAGAAUGUAGUAAAUAACCGCUGGCUAAAUUCCUCUUUUAAAGAAACAGCUGUGGCUUCAAGCUGUUGGUCAGUACUGAAGCAGAAAAGACAGCAAAUGAAGGUGCCUGAUGGAUUUUUUGCACAUUUCUAUGCUAUAUGUGAACAUAUCAGCCCUGUUUUGGCGUGGGGCUUUUUGGGCCCUAGAAAUUCCCUUUAUGACCUGUGCUGCUUCUUCAAGGAUCAAGUGCUUUUCUUCCUCAAAGACAUUUUUGAUUUUGAAAAGGUGAGAUACUCAACUAUGGAGAGUUUGGCUGAAGAUCUUAUGCAGUUAUUAAUCCGACACACUGAACUCUUAAUGGCCUAUCUUGGAGCGGAUUCACUAAGACAUGUCGGUGCUUGCGAAGUCAGGUGCCUAUUUAAGAGGAAAUGUAAGCAAUUGUGGCCAUCUGUGUGCAGUGCAAAACUGUGGCUGAGGCUACGGAGCCCUGAACUUUAGAUAGGAGCUCAGCACAGCGAGGAGGCAUGAGGGAACUUGCAGUACAGUCUUUUCCUGUGCUAGAGGUAAUAAAUAAUGAUGAUCUAUAAUCUUUGAACUUCUGUAAACUGAAACAAUGUUUCACAGUUAGCUUAGGCUUUUAAACUACACUUACAUAAGCUUUGCCACACAAAGCCAGCUCGCAAGAAUCUAUCCUGUGGCAAGACAUACAGAGUAAUUCUAAAUAUUCAGAAACCUGAGAAGCAUGUUGUUAAAAUCUAGCCUGUUGAAACAGACAGCAAUUAGGAACAUUUCAACUUUUGUUGCAAACACAACCCAAAACAAUGAUAGUUGACAAGGAGGGCCUGUGUAAUUCCAUAGAUUUUACUGAAGCCAAUGUUUUGCUCCAUUGUUGUAUUCAUUUGAUAAAUAUAAAAAUGAUGGAAAUGUGUCAUAUGACUUGUGUGAAAUGCCAACUGAUUAUAGCUUAUUAAUUAAAAAAAAAGUAUACUUCUACAUGUAAUAAAACAGAAAUUCCAAAUGCUGCUGCUGGCCUAUUUCCACCACUCAAGCUGCUGAACUUGGCACCAUGCUCCGUCCUGUACUUUUUUCGCUCCGCAGAAUAUGUUUUCAGUACCCGAAUGUGAAGGUUUUUUCACCCGUCUCACUUAGCUUAAACAUACUGCUCAAAAGUAUCUGUGUUUUGGCAGCGUUCUGCAAGUCUAUGAAUGAAAUUAUAUGGAACAGUAAAGUGUCUCGUCGGGUACAGAAUCAAUAGGAAUAGCUGGAAAUAGAAGUAAUGGAGUAAAUGGCAUGUUCCACAGCAAGUGUGCUACCCGGAGGUUGCCGUGUGUCAAAGGAGACUGUCUGCUGUGGUUUGUCUGCUCUAGUAAAAUGAUGUGAAGACAAUGAGACCUUAACAUUCAUCAGAGAAAGACAGAAAUGCACUUUUUCACAGAAGUAAAUGUGUAUUUAAGUGAGCAAUUUUCAUAUUAUUUAUAAAAAGCUCUUGAAGAAAGUGCAACAGCAUUGCAUGUGAGAUUAUAAAUGUUUCCAGAUAAUGUAAAAGUCAAUCUUCUGUCAAAACUGAAAGGAUUUUUUUUAAAUAGAAGACUGGAAAAAAGGACUAAUGACAUGCCAAAAUAUUUAGAAAAUGGGUAAGAACUUGAUAAUAUCUGACUUAAAUGUAUCUCUCUAAAUCAGGAGCACUUCCAUGCACUCAUAGAGCUCCCAAAAGUCCAUAGAAUCGCAUUGGAAAUUGGAGAGAUGCAUUUGCCAUCCAAAUAAGAAUUACAGUAUCUGGGUGCUGUAGGAUACUACUGACAAAUGUUUGGUUCAGAAACAGUUAAGAAAGGAAGAAAGAAGGGGGGGGGGGGGAAGAGAUGGGAAGAGGGAAAUGCGCAGGUACCUGUGAGUAGGGUUUUGAUCUCCUCUGGGUCUCUUUGGACCUUGUCCCAAAACGCAUGCAUAUAUUCUGUCCUUCCAAACUCCAGAGACAGAGCGGGAAAUUUAAAUUUAAAUGGGAGAUGGCUGCCUCCUUGUAACACAGAACUGGGAUCAGUUCUGUUGUAACCCAAGGUUUGUGUGCCGUGGCUGGAAGGUGUAUAAAGAAUAUCUGUUGAAAACUAGCCAUGGGGCUUAAGAACGUCAAAAGUGCCAGAGUUGCACCAAAGCAAUGAUAGUAUGAUGCAAUUCAACUUUAGUGAAUAAUCAAAACCAGAAUUUAGUUUAUAAUCUCUAAAUUUUUAAAUAGUUUUGAAUGCCUCUUUCCAUGCCAACAAGAACAAGCUAAAUUUGAAAGCCAUCCUCUUCUGCCAUAACUGUGCUCCUAAGAUCAGAAAUGUUGAAUGUGUAGGGAUUAUACAAGAAUAUUUAUAUCAUUUGUAAUUUAGUUGGAAUAACUAUCUCACUUUUAAUGUGUUCUUAAUGAUUAUUAUACUUCACUUUUGUAGUCUUUGGUUUCUAUCAAACUAAACAUGUCAAAUCAAGUGUCAGAGUAAGCGUAUUUGUGAACUUUCUAUUGCCUAAAUGAACUGCAGUUGUGUGUAUUAAAUAAAAUAAUUCAGUGAAA